AUGUUUGAAAGCGCGAUGUUCAAGGAGCCUAAGCUGCAUCAAGGCGACGAGUUCAAAGACUGGAGUGUUAACUAUGACGCUGCGAAUGAGCCCAUCGCCGCCAGCAUCAAAGGUGUAGUGAUGGAGAUUGAUUUCGGUACUCCCAAUGCUGCGGCCGUGGUGAUUGCCCGGCAGCCUUGCAUUCCAUCAGCUCAACCCUAA